AUGGCGCCCGCAAGAUACAAAGACAAGGACGCCGGCGUCCUUCUCUCCUUCAAUGGCGCUUGGAUCAGCUGGGCGCAUACCGUGAUUGCAUACUCCGCCUUCAUAUUUGCGCUCAUCGUGGGCCUCUCAUUACACUACCACAAGAUCGUUCAAAAUGAGUGGUACGGCUACCCUCAAGAGUGGUUUCCUUCCGUGUCGGCGACCAUCGGCGACAAGUAUCCCGAGCGAUCCGUUUUUAUGCUCCUGAUCGCCAUCACUUCCGGCCCGCGUUUUGCGCUUGUCGGCCUCUGGUAUCUCCUCACACGUCGCAACGGCCAGGCGCUGCCGAAAUUCGUCGCCAUCACUGGUGUUGUCCGGACUUUGACUUGUGGUGGCUGGACCUAUAUCACCUCGACCGACGACCAUGACUGGCACGACAUCCUCAUGAUUUCGUACAUUGUCGCGACGAUCCCCUGGACGGCUGGUUGCAUCGCCCUCAGCCCUCCAAACGCCAAGGCGAUCAAGCACAGAAAAUAUCUCUGCUCGGCUUUCUUUGGAACUCUGGUUCCGCUUAUCUACUUUUUCAUUCAGCACAAGGUCCACAGGGUUGCGGGAGCCUACACGAUUUACGCUUUUUUUGAGUGGUCCCUGAUUCUGUUUGACGUGGGUUUUGACGCUGUGACGGCUUUGGACUUUGGCUCGUUUGAGCUCAUUGUCAAGGAUGUACAUGGUGCUAGCCAGGGUACCAACGUCUCUCCGCAGAAGGCUGCUGCUCUCGAGAAGGAGAAGGAAAAGGCCACUGCUGGCAUCUUGCAUCAAAAGGUCACACCGUCGGGUAUGCUUGAUAUUGCUGCUGACGUCUACCAUGGUUUUGUGUUUUGGUCCAUCCUUACCAGCCUGGGUGUCACCAUUUGGUACUUUCCCCUCUGGUAUAUGGGCAUUUCCGGAUAUGAAGCCCUUGUCAUGGUGUCUAUUUCUCCGCUGUUGUUGGGUGUCGGCCCCUUUAGGUGGCUGAUAACUCGAUUCCAGCGCUUCUUCCACCUCCUCUCUCUGACUGCAGUUGGGGCAUUUUUGAUUAAAGAUCCCAUCCACCGUCUGUAUGCCGUUGGGUUUGGUCUUGGGAUGCAAUGCCUCGCGUGGGUCGCAACCCUGCAUUCGGAAUCCGUGCAUGAGGGCCGCCUGGAGUUGCGCAUCUUGUCCUGGGCCGUUGGACUCAUUCUUUCAAGCACGGUCAAGUUUGCCUGCCGCACACUCAACCCGAUCUGGCCCAUCAUGCGCGCCGAGACUGGCGGCUGGAACUACACUGGCCUCUUUCUCGGUCUUAUUGCCGCCUGGCGGUUUACUCGGAGGGGUCCUCUGAACCUAGACGGUGUCCAGAUCAAGUCUGGCUCGUCGUUCCUUGCUGCUUGCAGCAUCGGUGGCCUUUUCUUUGGCCUCCACUCGCUAUUGUCCGACACUAGCACCAUGAUCCUCUGGGUCUGGGACGGAUACCCAAUCCGCGGACCGACCUCCAACACCACUGCGUUCUACACCAUCUUCGCCAUGACUGCAGGAGUCUUGAUCGGUGCUUACAAGCCCGGUCUGGCUAGCCUCUGGACUUCUUACUUCAUCGGCUGCGUCGGCGCCGGCAUGGUAACGGUAUACCCUCACUGGAAGGGUUACUAUGGAGCUCUCGCUCUGGCAACCUACCUGAUGGCUGUCGCUGUGCCUCUGCUGAGAGAUGCGGCAAAACGCUCCCCUGGCCUGGUCUUUGGGCUUGGAUUCUUCAUCUACAACAUCAUGGUGCUCUUCCACGUCUGGGUGGUUGCCUAUGCGUUCGUGCCUGGCGGCCCGCUCGUGCGAGAGCACACUGACUGGGUCAUGGCCACCAUGAUGAUUUUGAUCGGCUGUGGUGUGUUCAACUUGAACGCCGGUAAGGCCGCCAAAAGGUCCAAGGGCAAGAACGAGGCCCAGACAUCGCGCAGCACGCUUCAGCACCGCAAGCACUACAUCACGGUGCUUGGAGCCAUCAACAUCGCGUUCCUGGUCGCCGCAUACCUGCGGUUCCCGACCAACGACUACAAGCCGCACCACGCACCUGACAGGGUCAUCACGGCGGGAAUGUGGACCAUCCACUUUGGACUUGACAACGACAUGUGGAGCUCGGAGCGGCGGAUGCGUGACCUCCUCCGAGACGCCGAGCUUGAUGUUAUUGGCUUGGUUGAGUCGGACCAGCAGCGCAUCAUCAUGGGCAACCGUGAUUCGACCCAAUACCUGGCCGAAGAUCUCGGCAUGUACGUCGACUACGGCCCAGGGCCCAACAAGCACACCUGGGGCGCGGCGCUUCUCUCAAAGUUCCCCAUUGUCAACUCGACACAUCACCUCCUGCCCAGCCCCGUGGGCGAAUUAGCGCCGGCCAUCCACGCGACGCUCGACGUGUACGGCACCUUGGUGGACGUCUUUGUUUUCCACUCGGGCCAGGAGGAGGACCCGGAGGACAGGCGUUUGCAGUCCGAAUACAUGCGCGAGCUGAUGGGCUCGACCAACCGACCGUCGGUGCUUCUCAGCUACCUGGUGACACGGCCACUCGAGGGCAACUACAACACGUACGUCAGCGAGCAGUCGGGAAUGCACGACGUGGACCCAACCGACUGGGACAGAUGGUGCGAGUACAUUCUGUUCAAGGGCCUCAAGCGCGUGGGUUAUGCCCGCAUCAGCCGCAGCACUAUCACCGAUACGGAGUUGCAGGUGGCCAAGUUUGUGGUGCCCGAGCCCGGGUCGGCCGAAGCCACACGCGCUUGGGAGGUGGACGCAGAGGCGCGCAACAGCCGGGUCGAAGAGUCCCAGGUGCCCGAGGGGUUGCGGUUCCCGCAGGUCUUCCGCGGUGAGGGCGUCAGGGGCCACCGGUACCACGUCUUUGACGAACCAAGAUAUUUUAAUUACUAA